AUGGUGAACUGGGCGUGUUCCGUUAUUGCGGACCUGAUCGUGCUAUUUGUCACUUGGUCCAGCACUUACAAGAUCAAGAGAGAUGCCGAUCGUGUAAAAAUGAAGGCACCAUUGGCCACUCUGCUGUUGCGAGAUGGCACUGUGUACUUCCUCUUAUUCUUCAUUAGUGACAUUAUUACCUUAGUUGCUUCCCUGAACGACACCUUUUACUAUGUCGAUUGUCUUACGUGGCCAGCCUCAUCCAUGGUGUUGUCGAGCUUCAUUCUCAACCUCCGUGAGAUCUACAUGUCAGACACCAGCGGGCCGUACUCGCGACCGUCCUUUGACGUCUCACGCGCGUCAGACCUACGCUUGGCGUCGCGUAUUGUAGGAAACAUCGGCGCGCCGCUCAGUCUCAGCGUUGCAUCACCCGUUGAUGGCGAUAAUGUCGCGGAGCACGAUUUACCGGGCGACGGGUUGGAGGAUGAAGACGGAGAUGAGCUGAGCGAUGACGAGAUUCAGGAGGUUCCACGGGUCGCGCAUAAUCCUCUCGCAGCGGAUUUCGUGGAAGAGGAGUACUAUUAG